AUGGGACCUUCUAAAGUGAUUCCUUAUUACUUUAGAGCGACACAUCGAUUUGAACAGGAAGAAAUUACGAUUGCUACUUUAGUUACCCAUAAUCGAUUCCCUGUUCUCAGUCGACUUGCAACCCGUUACAAGGGCCCCAUAUCAGUCGCUAUUCAUAUCAAUGACGAUCAUUCAAAGGGUGGAAUUUUACAAGAUUUACAUAGCAUGUACGAAGAUAAUCCAGAUAUGGGGAAAUAUGUUGAUAUUCAUCUUGUCGUAGACAAAUUCGAUAGACAAUUCAAUAUGUGGAGAAAUGUUGCUAAAUUCUUUGUAAGGACGGAUUAUUUAAUGAUGCUUGAUGUAGACUUUCAUAUUUGUACAGAUUUUAGAGAAUCAAUAAAGAAAAACAGUCAAGUUAUGGAUAUACUUCGCAGUGGUAGAGGAGCUAUUGUCGUUCCUGCCUUUGAAUAUUUAAUAGAAAAAGAUGGUGAAGAUUGGAGAUUAUUUCCAAAAGAUAAAGAAGCCCUUAUGAACAUUGUCUUGACAGAAAAGAUUGAUAUGUUCCAUGUAAAUUGGACAAGAGGUCAUGGAUCUACAGAUUAUAAAAAGUGGUAUCAAUCUUCUAAGCCUUAUAAGGUUAUAGACUAUAAUUAUUCAUAUGAGCCAUAUGUUAUCUAUAAGAAGGAAGGUUCUCCAUGGUGUGAUGAAAGGUUUAUUGGCUAUGGUGCAAAUAAGGCUGCAUGUUUAUAUGAAAUUUAUUUGGCUGGUAUUAAUUAUUGGGUAUUACCUAAUGAUUUUCUAAUUCACCAAACCCAUCAUUAUCCAGAAGAGACAAGAGCUAAAGAGCGCAAAUACAAUAAGAAACUUUAUGAUUAUUUUAGAGAAGAAGUAUGUCUACGUUAUACUCGUUUGAUGAUUUCAGCAGGAUUAUGGGAUACUGACAUUGCAAAUAACUUGAAAAAAGAAUGUACAAAGAUAAAAGGUUUUCGAGAAAUCGUUUCUCGCGUACAAUAG